AUGUGGGGUUUUCCUUCAAAUGUCAGCUCCAAAGACUCCACAAGACCCAAUCAAGCUUCUUCCGAAUGUUCUGAUGACGAAAUCUCCAUGAACAACAACAGAGAUGAAGCUCUAGAAUGCCCCAUUUGCUGGGAAUCCUUCAAUAUCGUUGAAAAUGUUCCCUACGUCUUAUGGUGUGGCCAUACCCUUUGUAAAAACUGUGUUCUUGGACUCCAAUGGGCUGUUGUCAAACUCCCAACUCUUCCAAUUCAACUCCCGUUUUUCAUAUCUUGUCCAUGGUGCAACCUGUUAUCACUUCGCCUUGUUUACAAAGGCAACCUCAAGUUUCCUAAAAAGAAUUACUUUCUUCUAUGGAUGGUCGAAAGCAUAAAUGGUGAAAGAAAGUCUCAUUCCAAUUCUUGUUCUGACCAUUUACCAGUAGUUCCCGCUUGGAGUUGGAGUCGAGGGUUGAUCACUAAUCAAAGUAGCCAUACGAAUAGUCAUGUGGGCCCACGUAGCCAUGUGAAUGCUGAGAGAUUGCAGUCGUCUUUGAGAAAAUCUUUCUUCUUUUUUGUUCACUUGACAGCUAAGUUCCCUUUGGUGUUCAUAUUUCUGCUUAUUGUUCUAUAUGCAAUACCUGCAAGUGCUGUGAUCUUGGCUGUGUAUAUUCUCAUCACAAUUCUGUUUGCUUUGCCAUCUUUUCUUGUUCUUUAUUUCGCGUAUCCGAGUCUUGAUUGGUUGGUUAGAGAAAUCAUCACUUGA